AUGCAUCCUCCGACGUUCUCUAGGGGACAUGACCCAAUGAUAGAAAAGGACUGGGUGGACAAGACUGAGAGGAUCUUGGAAGUCCUGUACUACACGGAUAAGCAGCAAGUCCUCUAUGCUACCAUCCAGCUAUCUAAGGAGGCAGGUCGAUGGUGGACUGCAGUGAAUUUGCUGGAGAAGCAUAGAGGUGGUCUUGAGGAGAUGUUGUGGAGUUGUUUUAAGGAGGUGUUCUUUGACAGAUACUUCCUGGCCUCAGUAUGUGAUGCGAAGGCGGAUAAGUUUUCUGCUCUGACUCAAGGGAGUAUGACAGUGCAAGGGUAUGUGGCUCGAUACAUAGAGUUGUCCCGAUUUGCGUUGUGUUUGAUCUGGAGCGAGUAUGAGAAGACUCGAAGAUUUAAGAAAGGCUUGAGGAAGGAUAUCCACAGACUAGUGGGAAGGCUUCAGAUCCUCGAGUUCUCGGUGUUGGUGGAUAAAGCCACGGUGAUUGAGACUGAUAUCUAA